UCUGACAAUAGUGUGGAGUGAUUUUGAGGUUAAAAUGCUCCAGAUGAACGCGAGACACCGCAUUAAAGUUGAGUUUACGUUGACAUUGUCACUAGUCUCUAAAAACAAUUAGUAAUAGAGUGAAAUUUCCCUGCUAAAAGGACUUAAAUCGUUUCAACCGUAAUUAGAGGAUUGAAGAACUGCUCUCGUUGCGAGUAAAAGUAUAGUCUUCUUUAAAAAAAAAAAAAUUCACCUGCUGGGAGGAGUGAUCACCAGCAAAGAUGUUGCCCCUUUCGUUACUCAGAACUGCCCAAAAUCAUCCAAUGCUUGUGGAGCUGAAGAAUGGAGAAACUUACAAUGGACACUUGGUGAGCUGCGAUAAUUGGAUGAAUAUCAAUCUCAGAGAGGUCAUUUGCACAUCUAGGGAUGGCGACAAAUUCUGGAGAAUGCCAGAGUGCUACAUCAGAGGCAGUACAAUUAAAUACCUGCGAAUCCCAGACGAAGUAAUCGACAUGGUGAAGGAGGACGUGCAGAUGAAAUCGAGGGGCAGAGGAGACAUGAAGGGAAGAGGUGGGCAGAACCAGCGAGGAGGAAGGGGAGGUGGCAGAGGUGGUGCUUUCGGAGGACGCGGUGGUCGAGGGCCAGCACCCCUCGGACGUGGUGGCAACCAAGGGAGCAAACCCCUCAACAAGUCACGACCAAAGUGAAUAAUCCCCACUACGCACCUCACCUAGAUUAAUUUAACAAUAUUUUUUCAUCCAAAACGAUCAAUUUCUCCAUUCAAAAGUGUUUUAACCACCAGAGACAUUGUUAAUCAUGUUGAAACGUUGAUAAUGCUUUGAGGAUUGUGAAAUAAAUAAUGAAAGGAAAAUUGAUUCUGCUCUCCAA